AUGACACAAGAUAAAGGGGUUCAGGUUCAACCUUUUAUCAAAACAUUUAAGACUGUUGGAACCCAAACUGAACAUUUACACAUGCAAGGAAAUACAAAAAUACACCCUGAUGACAUCAAAAAAUUAUGUCAUUUAGAAGAUCACAGUUACUCCUUGGGCCCAAAUAAUAAUUCUUCAACAGAUGACAAUAAAGACACGGUGGAACCAUGUACAACACCAUGCACACCAGUGACUGAAGAACAACUGACAUUGGUUGAAUGUGAUGAUGUCCAAAAUGAGGUUAUUGUGGAACUAAAAAAAACAAGGAUCUUCAAAUGAUGCAGAUAAUGACUCUCUGAGUGAUACCGGUUCUUCAUAUUGUCCUUCAGCUUAUGAUGACUCUGAAACAGAUGAUGAAUAUUCCAGUGAUACUGCACCUGCUGUGGAAAAAAAAUUAUUGUAUUUGAAAGUCAGUUACAUAAACUAUUCAAAAUUUGUCAACAUUGUGGUAGUCCCAUUGAUACUACAACUCAAAUAAAUCAGGGAAGUAUGGUUACAAUUGCUACAAAUUGUUUGAAUGGACAUAGUGUAUCCUGGCAAUCACAACCACUAAUCGAAGGAACUGCAGCAGGAAACAUUUUGAUACCAGCAGCUAUUUUAUUCAGUGGAAACACCUAUAAACGCACUGUAGACUUUGCCAAGUACCUCAACCUUCAAUUUGUUUCCUCCUCCCAUUACUAUACUACCCAGGCUACCAUUCUUUUCCCAGUAGUGCAACAUACUUGGAUAACAAGCCAGAAUGCACUGGUAAAGAAGUUAAAGCAAAGCGACAGUGUGGAUGUAUGUGGUGACGGGCAGUGCGAUAGUCCUGAGCAUUCUGCUAAAUAUGGCACAUAUAUCCUGAUGGAUGAGAAAACAAACUUGAUAAUUGAAUUUAGCCUUGUUCAAAUGACAGAGGUAACAUCGUCUAAUGCAAUGGAAUAUGAAGGCUGUAAGAGAACACUAAAUUCAAUUAUCAAGAAGAAGAUUCCAAUCCGAUGUCUUACAACAGAUCGUCACACAACAAUCACAGCGAAGAUGAGGACAAACUAUUCAAACAUUGUUCACCAGUAUGAUGUGUGGCAUCCUAGCAAGUGGGUGACCAAAAAGCUGUCAAAGAAGGCAAAAAAGAAAGAUUGUCAAGAGUUACUGCCAUGGAUCAGAGUGUUUCCAACCAUUUAUGGCGGUGCUCUGUAA